GGUGAGGCCCGAGCGAAGAAAAGUGGAAAAGAGUGUUAUUCGUCAAAAAACCCACACAACGACGGUCAUUUUUUCGCUGUGCUAUUGUAAAAUUGUCUUUUAUCUGUGUUUUGUGUUCCGGGGGACCCCGACUCCAGAAUGUGAAAGUUUCCCGCUUGAAGCCGUGGAGCUCGAGAUCCUGUUUACUGUGGACUAGCUGUGUGUGACGCCCUGUUGUUUUUGUUUCCAUUACAAAAAAAAAGCUCCACCGUCUCGCCGAGUGCCAGCAAGAGUCAUGAGUACUUGUCAACUCGACUCCUCAACUGGAGAUAACUUUCUAGCACCUCACCAUGGGGAAGGAUGUAUUCAUAUGCCUUCACCAGCACAUGCAUUAAACAUGCAGAGAGUUACACAAGUUCUUACCACCUUGGGGCACCAUUCAGGGUGCCUUUUCAUCUGAUUAAAUUUAUAAUGAACAGGGACAUUGCGGUUGUCCCAAGUGGAUGGUAUGAUGAUAGGAUGGUUUUCUGGCCCAGCUAUAAAAACACCGACAGAAUUGAAAGGGCCGCAUUAAAUGAGGUGCAGCAUGAGCCAAACUGGCCAAGAUUUGACGUUUCUGUUGUCCGAACUUGUGACAACUACAAAGACGCAUUAAAAAUAAUGCAACAAUAUGGAAAGGACUGCAACACCUCAGACCUGCAAUCUGAGGCAGAGAACGAGGAGCUGCCAGAAAAAAGGAACAGGAAGCCAGUCCAUCGUCUCGGGGACUCAGAUGAUAGCGAAGAAGACCCGGGAAAUAGUGACCUCACAUCUCUGGGGUUGGCAAGCCAAUUGCACAGGCAGACUCCACCGUCUCGCCGAGUGCCAGCAAGAGUCAUGAGUACUUGUCAACUCGACUCCUCAACUGGAGAUAACUUUCUAGCACCUCACCAUGGGGAAGGAUGUAUUCAUAUGCCUUCACCAGCACCUGCAUUAAACAUGCAGAGAGUUACACAAGGAACGGCAGUCCCUCCUCGACUCCCUCCACCCCCCUCACCAGCAGCCCUCAACAUGUGGCAGACAAGAGGAGCCUGGAUCCAGCCUGGCCUACAGGCCAACAUGGCGAGGGGAAAGAAUGGCCGACAGCAUUUCCUGCUCUGCGCCUGAGGUAAUCCAGAUCCUUAGCCUGCUGGAAACUAUUAAGCACAACCAAGACCAGCUGAUUGCGAAGGUAAACUUCUUAAGCCUUGAAUAGGUCAAUAAUUCAUAAUGACAUUGAUUUUGAUUCAUUAUUAUUUUUUAAAGAAAGAAACAGCCUACAUGGCAGCUUUGUGUGAUUAGAGUAAACAUUGCUACAUUUUCUUGUUACAUUUCACCUGUUUGCUCUUUAAAUACCACUUUUAAUGUUUUUUAUUUAUUUCGAUCAUAUUUUUAAAAAAUGUGCCCUGGGGCCGUUAAAAAAUGACCUGCAGGCCGCAAAUGGCCCCCGGGCCGCACUUU